AUGCCGAUCAAUCAACCCUCCAACCAGAUUAAAUUUACAAAUGUGUCGAUUGUCCGGCUGAAGAAAGGAAAGAAGCGAUUUGAACUGGCGUGCUACAAGAAUAAGCUGCUUGAAUACCGAUCCGGCGCAGAAAAAGAUCUCGACAACGUUCUUCAAGUCCCCACCGUCUUCCUCUCCGUAUCAAAGGCGCAGACAGCCCCAUCCGCUGAACUGGCCAAGGCAUUUGGUGCCGACGCACCCCGGGAUGAAAUUCUACAGGAGAUCUUGCGCAAAGGCGAAGUGCAAGUAGGCGAGCGUGAGCGCAAGGACAUCCUGGAGCGCGUUGAGAAAGAGGUAUUGGACAUCGUCUCCGGCCGGCUUGUUGAUCCUACCACCAAACGCGUGUAUACUUCGGGUAUGAUUUCCAAGGCACUAGACCAACUCAGUUCAGCCAGCGGUCAGCAACAAGGUGGAGAGGAUGGGACAGAGGAACAACCCAAGAAGCCAGUCUGGACAGGAGUCUCCGCCAAUCGGUCGGCGAAGAGUCAAGCCCUUGAUGCCAUGAAGGCUCUUAUUGCCUGGCAGCCGAUUCCUGUGAUGCGGGCUCGCAUGCGUCUUCGAGUGACAUGCCCGGUGGCGCUAUUGAAGCAAUCCGUGAAGGCUGCGCCAGGCGGUGCGGCGCCGAAGGAGGAGAAGUCCGCAUCUGGCUCGAAGGGCAACAAGAAGGGAGGCAAAAGCUCUAAGAAAUCCAAGCGGGAUGACUCUGAUGCCGAAGCCGGCGGAUCGGACGCCGAGGUUGCUUCCAAAGCUGCGGGGACCGUGAAAGACAAAAUUUUGAACUAUAUCGAGUCGGUUGAGUCGCAGGAAACCAGUGGCGAUGAGUGGGAGGUGGUCGGGUUCGCGGAACCCGGUGCUUUCAAGGGAUUGAAUGAUUUAAUCGGCAAUGAGACUCGGGGACGCGGACGGGUGGAAGUGCUGGACAUGUCGGUGACCCACGACGAUUAA